CCAUGCACAAAACUUUAUACAACAUUGUUAGGAAACAUUUUGCAUCCUCACCCUUUACACGACAGCACUGGACGGCUCACCAGGAGUGGAAACUGCGAAGUUUUACACGUAACCAUUUCUGCGUCUUGUGUAGGUGAUCAUGCAUCGAUACGCGUCAGUGAGUAUACUGGAAGCUGCUUUGUUGGUUUUGCUGGCAGGCUGUCAACAAUGUGUCUUAGCAUACACUGACACACUGGCUCCACCAGAGGUCUUGCAGCACAAUGGCACCCUGUAUGCGGUCUGCAAGGUGAGACCCAGCACCUCUCUCCCCGAGGGGCUGCCCAAAAUAUAUGGCCAGGUGGUGUUUAAGCAGGAUCAUCCUCAGGAGAAAAUCGAGGUCCUUCUCCGGUUCAGCGGCUUCCCUGGAGAUGGCAGUCCAGAGCCCAGAGCGGUGCACAUUCAUCAGUAUGGAGACCUGAGCCGGGGAUGUGACUCCACUGGUGGCCACUACAAUCCAUAUGGUGUAAAUCACCCUAACCACCCUGGAGACUUUGGUAACUUUGAGCCCCAGCAAGGGAAGAUUAAUACAAUGAUAGAAUCUGAGGCGACACUGUUCGGAAGCCUGUCUGUGUUUGGAAGAGCAGUGGUGAUUCACGAAAAGGUAGAUGACUUAGGGCGUGGUGGAGAUGCUGGGAGCCUGCUGCAUGGAAACGCAGGCCGAAGGCUCGCCUGCUGCAUUAUUGGGGUUUCUUCCCCCAAUCUCUGGAACAUGAACUUUAAGCAGUACUCUAGGCGGCUGAGGAGAAAUUAGCCCUAUAGUACAUCCUAUACUAUCAGUCAUGGACUGUGUCCACUGCAUUCCAGUUUGAUACCACGAAAAAAAUUAAUGAGUCAGCUAAAGCCACAUCCUGCAAAAAUGCACAGUAGCUUAUUAGAAGUAGUAGAAGCAUGCUUUAAUAACUGUUCAAGAGUUUUCUCUAGAAUGAUUAUGUAUUUAGGAUUAGUGAUGAUACAGUUGGUUGGCUGGACGAUUGAACAAACCAAAUAUUUGGAUGGAUUGAUGUGGAGUUUAGUGCAGAGAUUUAUUGUCACCAGAGGAUGAAUCCUGAUGACUUUUGUUAUACUCUAACUUCACGUUUAUCACAACAAAUAAGGUUAAAAUGUAAUUAUUAUCUUGAAAAGGAUUGCAUGGAUGCAUGGCAUCUCCUCUCUCAAUUCACGACCAGAAUUCUUGAAAUAAUUUACAAUACCAGCAGCUGGAGCUGCGCUUUCUUUUUAACUAAGUUAAAUAAACACACUUAAUACUGAAAAAAAAAAACAGUAAAUACAGAAUACAUUAAAGUACAUUCUACAGUGUUAAGCUUUUGGCUUCCUUCAGGGGGGCGGGGUGGGGGUAAUACAUCUGGUUAAAGUGUUUUUUUAUAGUCAAAAAUACUGAAAAGUAAUUUACAUAUAUUUUCUGACCAAAAAAAAAAAGAUAAAAACAUCACUGUGUUGGUAAUUCAGGUGGUUGUGUGAAAUUAGUGACAAAAUCUUGUAAUUAUCAGAUGUUUGUUAAUAAAUGAAGUCACAUCAAA